CCACCUUGUGUACAGCAAAUUAGCCAAACCAAAGUGUAGAUGGAAGAAGAAGAAGAAGCAGAGCUCCCAAACUUCGAAUUAGAGGAAACGAGCGGGAAGAACAACGACGACAGAACGAACCAAUCAGAGAAGCGAGAGUUAUGCUUGAACGGCUGCGAUCGACCUGUUAACGUGUGCCUCUGCAACGAACUUCCCUCGGAACCCAUCUUAACCUCCACCCAGAUCCUUAUCCUACACCACCCACACGAGCUUCGUCACAGGCUCGCCACCGUUCCCAUCCUCUGCAAAUGCCUCCGCAACUGCCAAACCCUAGUUGGCCGCCGCCUCCGCCUGGGAUCUUUCCCUCUUCUCGAAUCCCUCCACAACUCCUAUAUCAACAAUCCUUGUGGACCUCACCGAGCCAUCUUCCUCUUCCCAGGCACAGAUUCUUCGCCAGCGAUUGAAUUGAACCAAUGGGUUUCUUCUUCUUCUUCUUCAAAUGAGGACUCGUUGAGUGAUUUGGUUCUGAUUGUGUUUGAUGGGACUUGGAAACAUGCGAAAGAGAUGGUGGCUGCAAGUCUUCCAUUCUUGUCCAAGUUUGCUACGAAAGUUUGUUUGGAUUAUGAUGUGAAUGUGGAGGGUGAGACCAUAUUUGACUCGGAUUUGGUCUUAAGGAAGGAACCAUUUCGUGGGUGUAUGAGUACUAUGGAAGCCGUUGCUCGUUCUUUGCGGGUUCUCGAACCUAAUGGGGUUGAGAUUGAACAGAGAUUGAUUUCGAUUUUGAGAGCUAUGGUCCGUUUUCAAACUUCGUACUUGAAGCCUUUGAAACCAAGGCCUAAGCUGUCCAAGAAAAGGAAGGAAGACAAGAAAUUGUGCAGUUCUUCACAGUUGGGUUCGUGAUUCGUGAAUGCUCAAAUUCCAGUUUUGUUCUUUUAGUUGUUAAUGUAGAUGACACAGUAUCUUAUGCGUAGAGAACGCAUCCAUUUUGUUUUAUGACUCUGAUUGAAGAAAUCGUUGUCUACUGUCUGU